UGAAAGUAAAGUUCCUGCACAGGAUCCAUUUUGAUUUGACGUAGAAGUAUAAUAUAUAUUUUUCAAUAUUUGAACUGAAAAAGGUCUAAUCAGAUAGAGAGAGAAGAGGGGACUGCCUCUAAAAUGAGUCUCUCUGGGGAGAGGGAGGAGGGGGCCUCUGCCUCUAAAACAAGUAUUUUUGGGGAACAUGACACCACAGCUAAGAGGGACCAUAUUAAGGGACCAGCAUCUAUUGUACCCAGCUGUGUGUCCAUGAAGAGUGACCGGUCUAUGGGUCAACCUAUAGGGUUCAGUGAGGGAGACUUCUCUACUGCUCAAAGGGACCAUAUAAAGGGACCAGCAUCUCCUGUACCCAGCUGUGUGUCCAUGAAGAGUGACCAGUCUAUGAAUCAUCCUAUACUAUUCAGAGAGGGAGACUUCUCUACUGAUCAAAGAGACCAACAGGAGAGAUCAGAGUCUGAGAUUCUCAGUGGUCAAUCUGUCCAGAGUCAUCAAACAGACCUGUCCUCUAUAUUCAGUUUACUUGAACAAAAUAUCAUGAUAUUUGUGAAGAAAGAGUUAAAGAGGUUUAAGACAAUGCUGAGUUCAGAUCUCCCAGAAGGAUUUAAGAGUCAGAGGGAGGAUGAGGAAGGUGUGGACCCUGAAGAUGAGAAGCAGGAGAGCAGUGCCAAAGAGGCGGCUCUGAAGAUCACACUGCAUGUCCUGAGGAACAUGAACCAGAAGGAUCUUGCUGACACACUGGAGAAAAAUGAGCUUGCUGUGAUUUGCCAACAUGAUCUCAAAUCUAACCUGAAGAAGAAGUGUCAGUGCUUAUUUGAGGGUAUCGCUAAACAAGGGAACCCAACACUUCUCAAUAAGAUCUACACAGAGCUCUACAUCACAGAGGGUGGAAGUGGAGGAGUCAAUAAUGAACAUGAGGUGAAACAGAUUGAGACAACAACCAGGAAACAAACAAGACCGGAGACAGCAAUCAAAUGUAAUGACAUCUUCAAACCCACACCUGGACAAGACAAACCUAUCAGAACUGUGCUGACAAAGGGAGUCGCUGGAAUUGGAAAAACAGUCUCUGUGCAGAAGUUCAUUCUGGACUGGGCUGAAGGAAAAGCCAAUCAGGAUGUCCAAUUUGUAUUUCCCCUCCCUUUUAGGGAGUUGAAUUUAAUGAAAGGGGAUGAACUCAGUUUGAUUCAACUCAUCAAUCAUUUCUCAGUUGAAACCAAUAAAGCAAGAAUCUCUAACUACAACAAAUACAAAGUUGUGUUCAUCUUUGAUGGUCUGGAUGAGUGUCGACUGCCCCUUGACUUCCAGAACAACAAGAGCUGUUGUGAUGUGACAGAGUCAACCUCAGUGGAUGUGCUGCUGACAAACCUCAUCAAGGGAAAUCUGCUUCCCUCUGCUCUCCUCUGGAUAACUACCAGACCUGCAGCAGCCAAUCAGAUCCCUUCAGAGUGUGUUGACCUGGUGUCAGAGGUGAGAGGGUUCAAUGACCCACAGAAAGAGGAGUACUUCAGGAAGAGAUUCAGUGAUGAGGACCUGGCCAGCAGAAUCAUCUCACACAUAAAGACAUCAAGGAGCCUCCACAUCAUGUGUCACAUACCAGUCUUCUGUUGGAUCGUUGCUACAAUCCUUGAGUACAUGUUGACUACAGAUGAUAAAGGAGAGCUGCCCAAGACCCUAACAGACAUGUACUCACACUUCCUUGUGUUUCAGUCCACACACAGGAAUGUAAAGUAUGAUGGGAAAAAAGAGACAGAUCCACACUGGAAUAAAGAGAGCAUUCUGACACUGGGAAAACUGGCUUUUCAACAGCUACAGAAAGGCAAUCUGAUUUUCUAUGAAGAAGACCUGAAAGAUUGUGGCAUUGAUAUCAAUGAAGCAUCAGUGUACUCAGGAGUCUGUACACAGAUCUUAAAAGAGGAAUGUGGGCUGAACCAGGACAAGGUGUUCUGCUUUGUCCAUCUGAGUAUUCAGGAGUUUCUAGCAGCUGUCUAUGUGUUUCUCUCAUUCAAAAACAAAAAUAAGAAUCUAAUGGAUGAACAACAAUCAACUGAUGGAAACGUUUCAGUGCAGUUGAAGUACGAGCCUGAAGUCACAUUUUUCAAGACUGCUGUGGAUGAAGCCUUCCAGAGUAAGACUGGACACCUGGACCUUUUCCUUCGCUUCCUUCUGGGUCUCUCACUGGAGUCAAAUCAGAAGCAUUUGCGAGGUCUGCUGACAAAGACCAGAAGCAGCUCACAGAGCUAUGAAGAAACCAUCAAGUACAUCAAGGAGAAGAUCAGGGAGAAUCCCUCUUCAGAGAGGUGCAUCAAUCUGUUCCAUUGUCUGAAUGAACUGAAUGACCGUUCUCUAGUGGAGGAGAUCCAAAGAUACCUGAGUUCAGGACGUCUCUCCAGAGAAGAACUGUCACCUGCACAGUGGUCAGCUCUGGUCUUUGUGUUACUGACUUCAGAAGAGGAGAUUGAUAUGUUUGACCUGAAGAAAUACUCCACAUCAGAGGAAGGUCUUCUGGGGUUGUUGCCAGUGGUGAAAAUCUGCAGAACUGCUCUACUGUCAGGUUGUGGAAUCACAAAGAAAGGCUGUGCUUCUCUGGUCUCAGCUCUGAAGUCAAACCCCUCACACCUGAAAGAACUGGAUCUGAGUAAUAAUGACCUGAAGGAUACGGGAGUGAAGAAACUCUCUGCUUUGAUGGAGGAUCCACAAUGUAGACUGGAGACUCUGAGACUGUCAGGUUGUGGAAUCACAAAGAAAGGCUGUUCUUCGAUACGGGAGUGA